UUGCUUUAGGUCCCUUUCCUUUCUUCUAACAAGCGUCUUUACUUUCUUUUUCUGUGGCGAUUCCGUUCACCUUGUUUAUACAUAGGCUUUCAAGGAUCCAUGGUGCCACACAGUUUCCAAUUCUCUUCCCUUAUCAAAAGAUGGCAAUGAUCUUAGAUGCUUUUGUGGCACGAUACAUGAAGAAACUCGCAGAUUUCGUAGAGGGUGAGGUGUCAGUCAUGCUCGGAGUGAAGGAUGAGCUCCAGAAGCUUCAGAGAAGACUGGAAAGGAUGAGAGGUUUUCUUGAGCAAGCAGAGCGGAAGAGGCAUGAAGACACAAACAUCAGUAAUUGGGUGAGGGAGUUGAAAGAUAUCAUGUAUGAUGCGGAUGAUAUCAUCGACCUUUGUAUCAUCGAAGGCGGCAAAUUAUUGGAAAGCCAACAGCCCGUUUCUGCGGUAUGCCAUCCCUUCCCUUUAUUUUCUUGCUUCGGUUGUAUGAAGUUCCGCUAUGAAAUUGGUGACAAAAUUAGAGAUCUUAAUAAGAGGCUGAAAGAGAUUGCAGAGGAUAGAUCAAUAUUGCCUAAACUAGAAAACCCUAACCAAGAUGUCCAAGAGAGCGGAGUGAAUCCUCGUAGGACUUUUCCCAUUGAGGACAGUUCUGAUAUCGUAGGGACACAAAUUGCAGAGGCUACCCAGAGUCUUGUGGAAUCGUUAGUCCAAGGAGACAAAAAAAAAUUCUGGAUUUUGGGGAUUGUUGGGAUGGGUGGAAUCGGCAAAACUACUCUUGCUUCUAUUAUAUACAAUGAUGAAAGAAUAAAAGAAAACUUUUCUAUACGAGUAUGGGUGUGUGUUUCCAAGAAUUUUUCAGAGGCAAAGUUGCUGCAAGAGAUAAUUAGAAGCGCAGGUGGAAACUAUGGGCAGGCUGAGACAAAGGCUGAGCUCAUACCCAUUCUUUCCUCUAUCCUUUCUAGAAGGUUCAUUGUUGUGUUAGAUGAUAUAUGGGAAGCAAAAGUAUGGGAGGAUCUGCUCAGAUAUCCUUUCGAAAGUGCAGCAGAUGGUGGUAGGAUUGUGAUCACCACUAGAGACAUAAGUGUGUUUGGGAAUAUGAGCGUACUUGUCCACCAUGUUGACAAAAUGGGUCGUGCUGAUGGCUGGGCAUUGUUGUGCAAGAAAGUCUUUAGAGAUGACGAGAAGGAAGAGACCAUUAAUUUAAAAGAAAUUGGAAUGAAAAUUGUUGACAAAUGUGAUGGUCUUCCUCUUGCAAUCAAGACCAUUGCAGGAGUUUUAAGGUCGAAGAAGAGCAGCAUAGCAUGGAAUAAUGUUCUCAUAAGCGAUGCAUGGUCUAUGAACCAACUUCAGACGGAACUCCAUGGGGCCUUAUUUUUAAGCUAUGAAGAUUUAUCACCUCAUCUUAAACAAUGUUUUCUUUUUUGCUCGUUAUAUCCUGAGGACUUUCCCAUGCAUCGUGAUGAUCUUGUUCGGUACUGGCUGGCCGAAGGUUUUGUAAAAUCACAAGGAGAUGUAUUGUUAGAAGAUUCAGCCGAAGAUUACUAUAAAGAGUUGAUUUGCAGAAAUCUUUUACAACCAGACUAUGAAUACGUAGAUCAGAGUUUUUGCACAAUGCAUGAUCUGCUGCGUUCUCUUGCUUUGUUUUUGAUAGGAGAUGAGAGCACUUUUGUUGGUGAUGGAAAAACAUGCACCACAAAUCCCUUGACCAAGCUUCGUCGCUUGUCCAUUUCAAAUGUGGGAGAGAGGCUAGAAAUCCCUGAUGCAGUGAAGCAGCAGAAAUGCUUGAGGACUCUAAUUGUCUGGAACAAUCCCAGGACAAAGAUAGUUGAGCAGGAACUCGGAAGACUUGUGCAGCUACGAGUAUUGGACUUGACCGAUACGGGACUGGAGAGCCUUCCAGACUCGGUGGGAAACCUGUUACAUCUAAGGCACUUAGAUCUUGAUCGAACGAAUGUCAAAAUAUUACCAGAGUCUAUCGGACGCCUUCAAAAUCUGCAGACCUUGAAGCUCUUAGGUUGUAAAUCCUUUCACAUGCUUCCCAAAGCCAUCACAAGUUUGUGCAAUCUAAGAUGUCUUCACCUCACUGGAACUCCGUUGAGCCAUCUCCCAAAAGGAACAGGCAAACUGACACAUCUCAACGAUCUUCGAGGAUUUGUGGUCGGUGAUGAUGGAGGCAAGCAAGACCCGGGGUGCGAUUUGGAGAAGCUGCAAUCUCUGUCCCAGCUGAGAGUGCUGCGCAUAGAUAGGUUAGAGAGGUCACAAGCAGGAGCUUCAGCGCUUGCAAACACCUGCUUCCUUAGAAGAUUGUUUUUGCACUGGCAGCCACCCGAAGCUGGGAACAAUCAGCCACGAUGUGGAGAGGACGCAAUCCAAAAUGCGAACAAGAUAUGCAACAACCUCUCUCCUCCAUCCAGCCUAGGAGAGCUUACGUUCGACAACUUCUUUGGUAGUGGGUUUCCUGGCUGGUUGAUGUCACCCUCCUUUCCUCACCUGUCAUUCUUGGUCCUUACUAAUUGUAAAUCAUGUCCCCAACUUCCUCCGCUAGGCCUAUUGCCCCAGCUAAACUACCUUCGGAUUUCAGGAGCAGAUGCAAUCGUAACUAUCGGACCUGAGUUUCUUGGUCGUCGUGCCUCAGCAAUAACUGCAUUUCCUAGGCUUGAAUACCUGCAACUCUGCCACAUGCGCAACUGGAAAGAAUGGUCAUUAGGCGUGGCGGAAGAGGUUGGCGAUGAAAUAAGAGGAGCCUCUAAGCUGCUGCCGCAUCUCAAGGCCCUGCAUCUGGAGGACUGUCCCGAGCUAAUAGCUCUUCCGGAAGGUCUGGCGCAUGCCACCAACUUGCAUAAAUUAGGAAUUCUGGGCGCCCACAACCUGAGAGAAAUCAAGAACCUCCCCUCCUUAACUGAUAUGCUCCACAUCGAGAGUAACCUGAGGUUGGAAAGAAUAUCCAACUUUCCCUCGCUGAAAUCUUUGCAAAUAAUAAAUAGUCCGAGGUUACAGCACGUGGAGACUCUUGAUAAGUUGCAAUACCUGAACCUGAAACAUCCUUCUGCAGUACAGGGGACCUCAGAGAUUCCCUCGCUGGAGUGCCUCGCAGACGUUUCCAGUAAUCUUGAUCGACAAACAGAGCAACUCCCACAGUGGUUAUUGAACCUACUCGGGGAGGAUCAAAAUGCUCCGACUGCAGUGCAGAAUCUCAAAAAAUUUAGGCUGAAGUGCAGCUCACUACUGUUUGAGAGCUUCCUUAUGGAUCAACCAAAUAGGCCCAUCAUUCAGUGGAUCCCUGAGGUCUGGAUCGAAGAACUAGAUGGUCCCUCAUGGAUACGGUAUACCAAGGGAACUCCUUCCACCUUUCAAAUCAACAGGCAACCAGAAGAGUUUGCAAGUGGCCUCUCUUGAGCAACAGACAAUUUCAUGCGGAUUCAGCAGUUGGGAUGGACGUGCUCAGUGUUUUUAUCUUUUUUUCCUCAUGUAAACUUUGUAUUGGACUUGGACAUCUACCCUGUAAUUUCUGUUUCCUAGUGUUUUGAUGGUGUUAUAUCAUUAUCCUCAAUGUAACCUUAAGAAUUCAUAUGCAAUAAAUCAUGAUUUCACUCA